UUUUGCUGAAUAUUGAAGGUCAAUCAGAUCCCCCGCCUCCCUGAAACACUCCUAAUAGUAGCAGGAAAAGUUUCAAUAUGCUCCUUUUCACAGCAGACAUUUUGACAUGUCAUUGGAUGAAAAGCACAGGUGUAACUAAUAACACUAACGACAGCUCUGUUCUAUUAAGCGUUAAGUCAUGACAGUGUGACACUGAGCCAGCAUGAACAAUACCAGGACUGAAACUGAAGGAGCUAAAUGGAAUUCACUCAUCAUUCAUUUUAUUAUUUUCACCCGUGCUUUUAUGUCAUAUGUCAAAAUGUAGUUUUGUGAAGGCCUAUCUAGAAAUGUGACAUUUAUACACAGGAAGAGUCAAGUGAUAGGCCUGAGAGAUGAAAAGUUUAUAAUAAAAUUAAAGGAGUAGUUCAAUAUUUUGCUUUCUUGCAGAGGUUUAGAUGAGAAAGAUGGAUCCCACUCUCAUGUCUGUAGGCACUACGCUAAAUAUGAAGCUUCAGCCAGCAGCUGAUUAGCUUAGCACAAAGACUGGAAACAGCUAGUCCCCCAUUUGAUGCCUGUAUUAGGGAGCAUCAGUAGAGAGAUGACAGGAGCAGGGAGACAGAGAUGAGGAAUGAUAUGCAACAAAGAUCUGCUGCCAGAAUCGACCCGCAGGUUAUGUGGCAUGCACUUUAACCAGCAGGCUUCUGAGCACAGCUAAAGCGUACUAUUUAAUAGUAAUUUAAGAACUUAUUGUUUAUACUGUCCACUGUCUUAUAUGAUUGAGUUGAAAUAAUUUUGUUAUGGCUCAGAAAAAUCCAUCUCUUACUAUCAGAUAGCCCGAGGCCUUGCUUAAGACACAUAUCAGUUUGUUUUCAGUCCAAACACCGACCAGUUAAAGGUGACAGUGUCAUUGCUUAGUCAUGAAAUGCACAAAAUUGUGUUUCUACAUGGCAUGAAAUGUAAAGGAAACAAAUACUUAUUUUCUAAAAGAGCUGUAGGCUAAAUAUGAGAAGUGUGUGAUCUGAUGCAUCUGGCUAUAUGUGUUUAUGUGUUUCUGCAUGCUGGAGCUGUGUGCAAGCAUCUCAGAGAGAGAGAGACAGAGCGAAAGCCGCAGCACACUGAGGGUCUGACAGUGUUACAAGCAUCCAGAUUGGUGCCCGAGGCUGCUGAGACUCGCUAUAAGACACCCACAUGCUGAAGCGGAGCGCCUCAUUAGGGAAGUCCCAGACACACUGCACAUUGAUCUGAGUAAGUCCCCCCUCCAAGGCUCUCUGGUAUCAGCUGAGAGGAAGCUGCCAGUCCUGGCUGCCACCCAGUUUCCCCUGACAUCUGACCGAUUACAUCCACUGAUGGACAUGAAACUCUGCCAUUACUGGCCAGCACUGAUUAAUUACUCCCUCCAUAAAAACUCACACUGUUAUGUUGUUUUUUGUGCCAAAUGCAAUGUUCUCUGCAAUUUACUGUAUAAUGGUGAUCUAAAAAGAGAUAUGUUACUUGUCUGUCACUUUUCUGAGUUAAUCUUUGGAUUCUUAAGGGCUGAUGUGAUUCAACAUCUGCUAUGUUAUUGUCACUUGACAGCUCAAAGCUCUUGUUCAUGUAUUUAAAUCCAUUUGGAUAAUGCUUUUUAGCCUUAGCUGUGAUUAUAUAAAACACCACAACAAUGUAGAUACUUUUUUUUAUUACCUGAAAUCAGAUUUUAACCACCUGACAACCACCUGGAACAGGAUCAGUCACAGCCAACACUACUCUGAAUCUCCAGGACCAGAAUUGAAACAGGACUGGCUUUAAGUCCUUAAAGCAAUCAAUAUUUUAUAUGAACAAUUGGUCAGAUGACUGUAUAAUGUGAAAGGUGACAUGCUUAGUGACUCACAGGGAUUUAUCCCCCAACCUCGCUGUUCCUCUCAGCUCUACUGAGCUUUUUAGUGUCUUUUAGCAUUUAAGUAACAUGCUUCAUGUACGUCAUGAUUCAUUUGUUGUGUCUGUUUCUAUUGCGUCGCAUUUUGCUUUUAUUGGUACACCAACUUUUCCAUCUCAACCAGGCCUAAAAACUUUUUUGUACCUCUCAGAUCACAGCUUUUACUUUAAAAUGACACAAAAAGACUAAAUAAAUGGGAUGGUAGUCUAAAGGGGGACUGUUCCAUAACCAAAAUCCCCUAAUAGCCAUUAGCCAUGCUAACAGUUGGAUUACGAUGAAUCCUUCUGACUUUUCUGAUCCCUUAACUUUCUAUUUAAAAUUUAGAAAAACAUUCUCCACACAGUGAGGAGCUGUGGUCCCCACUGAGGCUCAAACAUCUGCAUCUUGACUUUUCACCUACUUUUCUGGCUCAGCUGGAUGUUGCAAACAAAUACGUGCUCGCUUAGUCACAUAGGACGGAACAAGUGGUAACAGAAGUGCUAACAGAACAAAAGUAUGUGUUGGCUUUUCUGUGAUCUGGUAAUGAAUAUGUUGUAUGUACUGGAUACAAGAUUCAUGACUACACCCUCACGUACUGCGAUUUCUUCUGGCUUCUGCUGCUCUGAAGAUUGUUAUGAAGAUGACUGCGGUUUCAUUUUGUUUCCUCUUGAGAAGAAGAACCUGACCAGCGAGUCGCGUGUUAAAAGGAAGUGACAGCGGUAAAAGGCCAUUUUGAACCCCCUAGGAGGGCAGGAGAAGAUAAGAUGCCGCCACUCCUGCAAAGCAUGGAUGAGGCAGAGAAGUACCAACAAAGGCUCCAAGGCAUAGCGGAGAGGCGUCGCCAGCAAGAAGAAGAAGAGAAGCUGAGGAGGAAGACAGACGAGGAGCGGUUGAAGACAGCCCAGAAAAAGAGGAUGUCCUUCAGGGACCAGUGGCUUAGUGAAGCAGCCCCAGCUCCUGUCCUUCCUUCACUUAUCAGCUUCAGGCCCUGUACUCCAUUGCAGGAUGAAGAGGACGAGUACACAGCUGCGGAACAAACCAUAAUUGAAACCAUGCCUGAAUACGGGGAUGAAGAGGUAGCAGAUGACGAGAAAGAGGAACAAGAUUCCCAAGAAGAAAGUGAAAAAUCUGGCGACUUUACAGCCGCAGCCAGAACAUACAACUAUCAGGCUGGAGCUGACGAGGACAUACAAGUGAAGGAAGAGGCUGAGGAUCACUUCUCCCUACAUAUGGCACAAAACAUAUUUCAUGACAGUGGGCACGAUGGCCGAUCAGUCCUGGGAAUGUUGGCAGUUCAGGUAGAGAGAGACCCCAAGACAGGUGCCUCCGUCGUCAGAUCAGUGGCCCCCGUGUCCUCGCCAGCUGAUGCUCCAAUGGCUGCCACUGUCUUCGACGAUGGCAGGAAGAGUAUCCACGCUAUCGGUGGGUCAGGAGGUAAACCCUCGACCGAAGAGCUUGGCCAGAUCUUGAGCGUCAUCGAUGGGGUCGGGAUGAAAGUGAUACUGGAUGAGGUCACAGUCACGCCAAACAAGGCAGGGACAAAUAUGGAGGAUAUAGAAGCCGACAGAGCUCCAGAGGGUAAAAUCAUGUCUUUUUCCACCCAUCAUGCAGUGUCAGAUGAGAGCAGUACGCAGUUAGACAGCUCCGGAAGCCACGACUUUGAGGCUGAACUGGGGAUAGAGGACUGUGCUGUAAGAGCGGGGAAGGAGGAAAAAAAAGAGGACGCAUGCAUGAUGGUUUUUGGAGACAUGGCAGCUGUAAGUGUGGGGAAGGAGGAUAAAAAAGAGGAUGCAUGCAUGAUGGUUUUUGGAGACAUGGCAGCUGUAAGUGCGGGGAAGGAGGAUAAAAAAGAGGACGGAUGCCUGAUGGUGGUUGGAGACAUGGCAGGAAAAGUAGAUAAGAUAGAGGAUCAACGUUUGGAGGAAGGCCCAGUCACCCUUGUUUUCCUGGGAUACACUGAUGAUACAACUAGUGAAAGUGUGUGUCUGGGACAAGAGGAACAUGAAGGCAUGCUCACUGCGGAACGAGUGAUCAUCACUGAAGAAGGAGAAGAACUUGCCAUAGAACCUCAGGCAACUCAGGCAACAUUAGAUAAUGUAGCAGAUCAAGAAGAAAGGAAAGAGUCCAAAGAGGAAGCAUUUCAGGACGUUCCCCUGGAUGGAAAUGGAGCUGAAGUUAAAGUCCAUGGAGAUAAAGGUGAUAAUGGGCUGCAUAAUUCAUCUCCACCCAGUAUUGCCGAGGUAGAAGGCACUCCCAAGCGUAAGACCUGUCAGUGUUGCUCUGUCAUGUAAGAAAUGAUUGAAAAGAGAGACUCUCUCACUUAUCAUCAGCCUUAAUCAUAUCAUUUUUUAUAUUUUUAUAACCUCACACCUUCCAUUAGACACUAUAUGCUGCAUUGCUGCCUUAAUGACUGCUUUGAGAACAAAAACCCACCACCUGGUACGGUCUCAUGAUGGUUUUGUCUCUGAGCACACACCACUUCACUUCACUUUGCCAAAGAAAGAGACAUUUAUUAUGCUGUAUGCCUUUUAAAGCAGCUGUGGACUGACAACAGCUCUGUAUUAAAAACCACUUCCUCCCCCUGGUGGACAAAGUGGUGAGUUUCAACAUGCAGUCCUGCAGGCGUGCAUAUACUUCACAUCUGAAAACUCAACUUUUUCUCUGCCUCGGGACUCGUUCUGUGCCUUAUCAGCCAAAAAGAUUUCAUAUGUUUAGCAGUGUUUCCUCAAGAAAUGGAAAAGCCAAAGAGCAAAAAAAAAAAAAAAAGCAUAGUAAUUUACAGUUUGGGACACAAACAUUUCUAACACCGAUCAUAGUCUGAUUUAUGGUUUCUGUUUUAAGUUAAUGUUAAUUUGAAAAUUCUACAUAUUUUAAGGCACCUUCAAACUGUGAUUGACAUUUUUAACAUGCUUUGAUAAUUUGGGAUUUGUUUUUACCCCUCGUCUUCUCUUUUUAGACUCAAAAUCCUUAAAUUGGAAUGUUAUAGGCUAGAAACUUACAUUAAAAUAACAGGAUUUGGUAUUUCUCCGCCAGAAAUGUAUUAUAUAGAUAUAUGCAUUGAAACUGCAUUAAGGUAAUGUGCAGGGAAAUAAAAUGUACAUAAAAUAUAUUUUAGCAGCUAAAUUACUAUAGAAAAUGUGAGGGGGAAAAACAUUCAGCUGCAUUAAAAAUAAUGUUGGUGGCUAGUCAAAAGUCUUCAGGGUUGGUGGAGUUGAACUGAGGGAAUUUGGACUCUUUCUAAAAAUCCUGGCUACGGCUGUGUUACUACUAUCUGCUUAAAUGUUUAAUUAUGGCUGUCACUGUAAUUUGAUUUUAAAAAAAUGAUGUAUUGCAGCAGAUUUUAACUGGAAUAUAUAAUUGUAAAACAGA